GCUUUAAAAGCACCACCUAAGCCCUUAUUUUUUCAAGCGUUCUCUUUUCGUCAUCUAUUUUCUUGGAUUUCUUGUGAAUCCGAAGAAGCGAAGCUCGAUGGCGAAUAGCAAUCUUCCUCGGCGGAUCAUCAAGGAAACGCAGAGGCUUCUCAGCGAGCCAGCUCCAGGUAUCAGUGCAUCUCCGUCAGAGGAUAAUAUGCGCUACUUUAAUGUUAUGAUACUUGGACCAACGCAGUCUCCAUAUGAAGGAGGAGUUUUCAAGCUUGAAUUGUUCUUGCCCGAAGAAUAUCCAAUGGCUGCGCCGAAGGUUCGCUUCCUCACCAAAAUUUAUCAUCCUAACAUUGAUAAGCUUGGAAGAAUAUGUCUUGAUAUUCUCAAAGACAAAUGGAGUCCUGCCCUUCAGAUUCGAACAGUACUGCUAAGUAUUCAGGCCCUUCUGAGUGCUCCAAAUCCGGAUGAUCCUCUAUCAGACAACAUUGCGAAGCAUUGGAAGGCAAACGAAGCCGAAGCAGUAGAAACAGCGAAAGAGUGGACGCGGCUGUAUGCUAGCGGAGCGUGAUAACCUCGCUGCCGUUUGUGUAACUGCAGUAGCAAUAUGGUUUCUGAUUUGAAGCUCUCCUAGCUAAUGUUCUAUAUGACUUCAUUAAUCUGGGAAUCGACUCCGUCGAAUAUGUAUCAGUAGUUGGGAGUUUACUGUUCUCUUUGGGUUUUCAACUCUAUCAUGGAUCGAACUAAAUAAUAUAUUUUGGCACUAAUGCCUUCAUAUCAAAUACUGCCUGAUUUGUUA